CGCCUAUCCGGCGACUUUGGCGAGCAAUACGAGACGAAUAUCUCGUAACUUGUCGUCCGCGCUUUACAUCAUCUUAGGCUUCUGUCUUGGUAGAUUUGGUUAUAUAUCACUCUAGUGUUAGUAUGGCAGAUCCGUCUGUGCCAAGCUCAACCGGAUCGAACUCCGGAGCGGAUGAUCUAAAGCCUAUCAAUAAACGCAAAACUACUUCAAGAACAAGGAAUGGAUGUCUUGUAUGUCGAAGUAGGAGAGUGAAAUGCGACCUGGAAAAGCCAGAAUGUAGAAGAUGCGUCAAUUACGGCGCAGAGUGUGUAUAUCCCCCAAAGAAACGGUUUGACCCCCAAGCCAUCGAAGAUCGCCUCCGCAAAAGACAUGUGCACAGUGAUCCCUCCCCUCCGGCCCAUCGGCAUUCACAAACCAUCAGCGGCGAAGGUUUCCCCACUGAGCCCACUGUUUCUACAUUCUCGGCUCACCUCACCCCCGUCCCACCUAGCCCUGGACACGGGGUGACGCCGACAUCGUAUGCUUCCGGCGUUUGUAGUCCCUCACUCAGAUCAUUGGGUCGAACACCGUUAACGCAAGUAAAGCGGAUGGAUCCUAUGGAGCUUUUGAUGGCACUAUGUCGAGAUACAAGGAUGGGACAAUUCUUCUUAGGCCCAGUAGAUCCCCCGGAGUUCCUGAGGGAUACUUUUCCGGACGAAGAUGAGCUUCGCUGUUUCCACCAUUGCUUUACGUAUACCCUAUCGACUAUGGUUGUCAACGAGGAAUUCAACCCCUGGGUAGACCUCAUCAUCCCGCUGUUUCUGUGUCCAACUGGCGAAGCGCCUUUAAGUGUUGCAGCGCUCAGACUGGGGACUUUGGCCACAGGGGCCGUUCAUUUGGCAUCACUUGAAGAAAAGGGGGGUGCACCUAAUACCAACGGUCAUACUCGCAAUUUAGGAUUCAAAUACAGAGAAAAGGGAGUAAAAUAUCUGCGAGCAGCCAGGGAUAUAAAAGAAGAAGUGACGUCGGAUGUGUUUCUAGCGGCAUGCAUGAUGAUGGGCAAUGCGGAUCUCCUUGGAGCGAACCAGUUCUGGAGAGAAGUCUUGCGCCUAGCUCGAGCUUCAAUCCACCUAAGAGGAGGCUGUGAGCGGGCUUUGUUUGGCAACCCAAAGGAAGGGAUCUACAUUCAACCAACAGCGCUGAGAGUGUGUCUGGUGGAGCAUCUGGUCCUUCUCGAAGUGAUGUCUUGCAUGACGACGGGGCAGCCAUGUGUUGUACUUGACGAAGGGACAGGAUGGUGGGAAAAACUAGAAAGGAAAGACCCAGUCCUCCCAGAUACUAUUGAAUCUUACGCCGGCAUUCAUCGCAGUGAAAUGCCUCUCAUGGUACGCGUCAACAACCUUCUCUGGGAACACUUGCAAUACUUCAAAUACCUAAGCCCUACGCUCGACACACAAUCAGCAUGGAUCGCCGACGUCAAUCAGCGUACAGCGAAUAUAUGUAAGGAUCUUGAUGUGUGGUAUGAGCAAGUUGUCCCUGUAAUACGGCACAAGAGGACACAAGAUGGGUCCGUAGCGCUAUGGCACGGGCUACAAAUUUUGGUCAAGAAAGAGUUAUUGGGCAAAGCGCGAGGAGAUGCGGAGGUACAGAAGCAUGCUAUGGAUACGCUGGCCAUCUGUGAGCAAGUGGGACCAAAGGUAGAGGGUAUGAGCUGGCCACUUCUCAUUGCUAGCAGUGUCCUCGUUGAGCCUUUUCACCGCCAACGCGCUAGGGGAAUCAUUAGAUCCUUUACUUGUCAGACAGCGUACGAGACCGCUGUGGUUGAGGAAGUGAUAGAGGAGUGUUGGAGAAGGAUAGAUGAUGGGAUGGAUGAUGAAGGUUGUUCGUGGAGAGAGAUAUUAGUGGAAAUGGGGUGUGCCGUAAUGCUUGGAUAGUCGACGAGUGAAUAAGGCGACCAGCUGAACAUAAAUGCGAAUCAGGGAGAUACAAUCGAUCAGACCAUACAGAUCCCUUACCUUUCGGUAUCUCAUAUCCGACUUUUCAACAUAAAUGAAGUAUGCCACGGAAGGCGCGGGAAUCGAUGUUGAAAGACAAGGCUGGUAGCACAUAUGUCUGUUCAUAAUAAGCUUUUCAUUGUUAGAUGAGCGUACGCCUGGAGAAUGCCCGAAUGUGGGAAGUCGGCGGGAAGUCAGAGUGUCAGAUAGAUAGAGUGCUCGGAAGGUAAAUAUACCCAUAGUAAUUUGGUAUCAGACCGCUUUUUCCUCUAGCGUCUGACUCAAAGUUAGAUACACGAC